GAGUUAAAGAACCGAAUCAUGGAAAUUGAAGAGAACAAUGAGAUAGCCACCAUCGCGUUAGCCAGAACCAAAUCAUCCAUUAAACGGUUGAGAUUGGAAUACUCGGUUCUAACGGAGAAACUCGAACAGAAUGUUAUCCUUGACGAGAUUGAUAGUGAAUUCAACGUUGCCUCCAUCUAUGACGCAAACACCAUAAAUGGUGCGAAAUACAGAGACCCAUCUAUUCCCAAGAGGCCCACAAAUCCAUAUUUGCAGUUCUGCGAAGUUGAGAAGGACAACACCAAGAAAACCAUCUCAAACUUUGCCGACUUGUCAAAGGAAUUGGCAAAGAAGUGGAAAGCUCUAACCAAGGAGGAAAGUAAGCCAUAUUACAACUUAUACGAGGAAGACAAGGCAAGAUACCACAGAGAUAUGGUGGCGUACUCAGCCAAG